CAAUGCAGCUAAAGCUAGUAUUCUGUGUUCUAUUCGUAUCACUUCUAACUUCAGUAUUCGAUUUAAAUAGUUUACAGGAUGCGGUCGUUUUUAAGUUUACUAACGCCGUCUGUGAGAGCUACAACAAAUCCUGGAUCGUGUUCCACAACUAUCGUCUUAAAGCCGUUGGCCGGGACAAGGUGCUCCUUAACUUGAAUGCCACUUUGCUACAUCCGGCCCAAGGUGUAACAAUACGUGGAAGGAUUUUGAAAAGGGCAAACGGCUAUAAGCCUUGGCUCUUUGACAUGACCUUUGAUGCAUGUAGAUUCAUGCGACAGCAAAACAUCCCAGUUGUUUCACUAAUCUACGGGCUCUUCAAACAGUUUACCAAUAUUAAUCAUACAUGUCCUUAUGUGGGUCCAGCGAUUAUCAAGGAUUGGUAUCUGAAUCCCGAACUGUUGCGUCUUCCCUUACCAACGGGGGAAUACAUGCUAGCCUUAAGGUGGUUCUUUGAGAAACAGCUCGUAUCUGAUACGAAUAUAAGUUUCGUGUUCGUGGAAGAUCUCCUGAAGAGCUAA